AUGUUGCUUCGGCUGGGUUCAACCAGCGUUGAGCUCAACAUGUGGAAUCCCGUCUACGCUAUCACGCCCUUCAUACUGCUGUCCUUCUCGAUCCCGCUCGCCAUCUUCGCCGUCGUCACCACAUCAAUUGCCAUAUCGCUCCUCUCCUUUCGCGCGUUAGCCGUAUAUUGCCGCCUCGCCAUAGCAAUCGUUGGUGCAUGGCUCUCUCCCUCGCCGACGAAGCCCAUGCCGCUUCGUCGUUCGCCUUAUAUGCCUUCAUCCGCCCGACCGUCUCCGACCCGACAGCGCCAUCGUCGGACCAGCACGGCGAGUACGGCAUCCUCGCAAGACACAGGUAUACAUUCGGCGCACACGUCGCGUCUUUUAAAACACAAGAACAACUCCCUCACGGCGCUCAUCGGCACAAGCGAGUUGACGCGCGACUUCGAAGGCGUAGGAGGGUGGAGAGUGCCUGGGGAUGAUGACGAAGAAGCAUUAUGGAUGGGCAUCAACUCAAGGCUUCAAUUGCCUGCGGAAACGCCUACUAGGAGACAUGCCCGAAGUCUAACAGGUGGCGCAAUCCCAGCCCAGAGGUGGAGCGCCGGGUCAGAAGCGUUUCGAAUGAGUCCCGUGCAGAGUAGGGCAAGGACACCAGUGCGCUUUGCUAUCGACGAUGAGUCCGGCUAUUUCCCUAUGCAGCCAACUUCGAACAAUCGACGUUCUAGCGUCGGCUCCGAUUCUGCAAAACAACACAAAAGAAGGAAGAGUGGUAGUGGUGGUAGCAUGUCAAGCGCUGCCUCAGGCGGUCUGACGACUGCAGCCAAAGAGGCCGGGAAGUGA